AUGUUCAAGAGCGGUCUUGCCCGGACCUUCGGGAGGGCUGCUUUUGCCCGACCUACCUCCGUCGCCCGUCGCGCUUUCCAGCCUAAGACCAAUGGCCUCCCUUCCCUGGCCCGUAUGGCCAGCACUGAGGCCUCUUCCGUUGGAAAGAUUCACCAGGUCAUUGGUGCCGUCGUCGACGUGAAGUUCGACGGUGACAAGCUCCCUGCCAUUCUCAACGCCAUUGAGACCGAGAACGGUGGCCAGAAGCUCGUCCUUGAGGUUUCCCAACACUUGGGUGAGAAUGUCGUUCGUACCAUUGCCAUGGACGGUACUGAGGGUCUGACCCGUGGUGCUGCCGCCCGUGACACCGGUGCUCCCAUCACCAUCCCCGUCGGUCCCGGCACCCUUGGCCGUAUCCUUAACGUCACUGGUGACCCCAUUGACGAGCGUGGUCCCGUCAAGGCCGACAAGUUCCGUCCCAUUCACACUGAGGCUCCCGAGUUCGUCGAGCAGUCCACUGAGGCCGAGAUUCUCGUCACUGGUAUCAAGGUCGUCGAUCUGCUUGCCCCCUACGCCCGUGGUGGUAAGAUUGGUCUCUUCGGUGGUGCCGGUGUCGGUAAGACCGUCUUCAUUCAGGAGCUGAUUAACAACAUCGCCAAGGCUCACGGUGGUUACUCCGUCUUCUGUGGUGUCGGUGAGCGUACUCGUGAGGGUAACGAUCUGUACCACGAAAUGCAGGAGACUGGUGUCAUCCAGCUCGAGGGUGACUCCAAGGUCGCUCUGGUCUUCGGUCAGAUGAACGAGCCCCCGGGUGCCCGUGCCCGUGUCGCCCUUACCGGUCUGACCAUUGCCGAGUACUUCCGUGACGAGGAGGGUCAGGACGUGCUGCUCUUCAUUGACAACAUUUUCCGUUUCACCCAGGCCGGUUCUGAGGUGUCUGCCCUUCUGGGUCGUAUCCCCUCUGCCGUCGGUUACCAGCCCACUCUGGCCGUCGACAUGGGUGGUAUGCAGGAGCGUAUUACCACCACCACCAAGGGUUCCAUUACCUCCGUCCAGGCCGUCUACGUCCCUGCUGACGAUUUGACUGACCCUGCCCCCGCCACCACCUUCGCUCACUUGGACGCCACCACUGUCUUGUCCCGUGGUAUCUCCGAGUUGGGUAUCUACCCUGCCGUCGACCCUCUCGACUCCAAGUCCCGUAUGCUCGACACCCGUAUCGUCGGUGAGGAGCACUACAACACCGCCACCCGUGUCCAGCAGAUGCUCCAGGAGUACAAGUCCCUCCAGGAUAUCAUUGCCAUUCUGGGUAUGGACGAACUGUCUGAGGCUGACAAGCUCACCGUCGAGCGUGCCCGUAAGCUCCAGCGUUUCCUGUCCCAGCCCUUCACCGUCGCCCAGGUCUUCACUGGUAUCGAGGGUAAGCUGGUCGACCUCAAGGACACCAUCCGCAGUUUCAAGGCCAUCAUCAACGGUGAGGGUGACGACCUUCCUGAGGCUGCUUUCUACAUGGUUGGUGACUUCGAGUCUGCCCGCGCCAAGGGUGAGAAGAUCUUGGCCGAGCUCGAGAACAAGGCCUAA